AUGGUGGACACCCAGCACCUUUCCAAAACCCAGAGAUUGAGGUAUGAAGGUGUUGCGCUCCGCAAAGCUCUGGAGCAGCUGGCGGCAGAUGCAGCCAUGGAGGACACGGACAGGCUGUGCACAGAGCUGCAGGAUAGGAAAAGCUUUCUGGACACAUUUCCUCAGGUGAAAAUGGAGCUCGAGGAGCAAAUAAGAAAGCUUCGUGAGCUUGCAGACAAGGCGGACAAGGUACAGAGGGACUGCGCCAUCUCCCGUGUGGUGGCCAGCUCCACCUCUGGAGUCCUGAGGAUCCUCGGCCUGGCUGUGGCCCCGGUGACACUAGGGGGCGUUGCGACGCUCCUCGUCUCGGGGCUGGGGCUGGAGGCGGUGUCCGCUCUGACCAGUGCUGCCUCUAGCCUUGUGGGAGGCGUGAGGAAGUGGUCUGUGGAAGCGGAAGCCACUCACCUGCUGUCAACCAGCAUGGUCAAAGGGAAGACAGUGAAGGAGGUUUUGACCGAGACCACACCCAAAGUUGCUGCUUUAGGCAAGAAGUACUUCCAAGACCUGCCACACCUUCAGAAGAACAUGGAAGCCAUAAGGCUGGCCAAAGCCAACCCUCGCUUAGCAGCCAGUGCCCGGACUCUCAUGACCACGGGGACCAUCUCAGCCCGAAGCACUAAGCAGGUGCAGAAAGCCUUUGGAGGCACCAUUCUGGCAAUGACCAAAGGAGCCCGGAGGAUGGGUGCCACCACUGCAGGUGUCUUCCUUCUGAUGGAUGUCGUCAACCUCGUGAAAGAGUCAAAGCGUUUGUUCCAGGGCCCAAAGGCGGAGUCCGCUGAAAAGCUGCGGCAGGAGGCUCUGGAGCUGGAGAAGAAGUUGGAGGAGCUCAUGCAGAUUCACGAGAGAGUGCUGUCGGAUGUGAGUUGGAUGUCCUCUUUAGAGCAGCAGAGAGAAUCCAGCAUGGAGAAGUUCACGUGCAUCCAACAACUGGUAGCAUAUGAUGAGUUUAUUGAUUAA